AUGACGGAUGCCUUCCCCGCCGCCCUGACAGGGCCAACCUCCAAGGAGCGCAAAUAUGAUCGUCAGCUCCGCCUGUGGGCAGCAACUGGCCAACAAGCACUUGAGGACUCUCAUGUUUUGCUGGUGAAUUCUGAUGGCCCUCUCGGCCAAUACAACACCGGUGUCACCGGCGUUGCCGGCGUUGAAACACUCAAAAACCUUGUACUGCCCGGAAUUGGUGGUUUCACCAUCGUCGACCCAGCAAUAGUCACCGAGUCUGAUCUAGGUGUGAACUUCUUCCUGGAAGAAGAGUCCCUGGGCAAGUCCCGUGCCGAGGAAACCUGCCGACUGCUGAAAGAACUGAAUCCAGACGUGGAGGGACAUUACUAUGCCAAGCGCGUCGAGGAGCUUCUCACAGACCCUGACCUCUUGUCCCAGUACAAGCUGGUGAUUAUUUCGGGUCCCAUCAGACGCUCGACACUAGUACCUCUGAUCCAGGAAGCAAAGCAGCUGGGUAUCCCCGUUUUGUACCUCCAUUCAGUUGGGUUCUUCUCCACUUUUUCCGUGCAGUUGCCGGCUGAAUUCCCCAUUGUUGAAACACACCCGGACCCAGAAUCAACCCAGGACCUGCGUCUGCUAAAUCCCUGGCCUGAGCUUGUUGCCGCUGCAGCAAACUUGGACAACCUGGACACCCUGGAUGACCAUCAGCACGGCCAUGUUCCAUACAUACUUCUCCUACUUCACUUCCUGGAGCAAUGGAAACUGUCCCAUGAAGGUAACGCACCGAGUAACUACAAAGAGAAAACUGAGUUCAGAGAGUUUGUGCGGUCCCAAACGCGCACUUCUAAUCCAGAGGGCGGCGAAGAGAACUUCGAUGAGGCCGUCGCUGCUGUACUGAAGACAAUUUCACCAUUCAGCCUACGUAGCUCGACCCGCGAGAUCUUCGAGAUGAACCAGUGUCAACAGCUGUCAUCAUCAUCCCAAGAAUUCUGGGUUAUUGCCUCAGCCAUCAAAACCUUCCACGCAUCUCACGGCGUCCUCCCCCUCCCAGGCUCCCUACCAGACAUGAAAUCCCAGUCCGCAGACUACGUCUCACUACAAAACAUCUACAAGGCCAAAGCACGACAAGACGUGGAAGAAGUGACAGCAACAGUACGCCAGCUCGAAUCCAAUCUCAGACGCCAAGCACCUGCAAUCCCAGACCGAGACAUCGAAGUAUUCUGCAAGAAUGCCGCACACAUUAAAGUCGUGCUCGGCCGCGAUAUUCCCCAGAUAAGCAUCGACAGCGACGCAUCAACACUGAAAACCAUCCGCAACCAGCUUAGUGACCCGGACUCGCUGAUCCCGAUAUUCAUCGCGACGCAGAUCCUUGACUCGGUCGUGGACGAGAUCCAAUCCAGCAGCCUCGAAGAGGACCGCUCUGUUGACGACGACGGGUUGUGGAACAGCCACACGGAACGCAUCCUGGCUCUGCUGACCGCGGCGGAUGGAUCGGCUGUUUGUCAGGAGGCGCGCGCGCAGAUCGCCCGUGCAAUUAAGGAACUGCGUCGGGCUGAGGGCGGCGAGUUGCAUAAUAUCUCUUCGUUGACAGGGGGCUUGGUUGCACAGGAGGCGUUGAAGGUGAUUACUCGGCAGUAUGGUCCGCUUGAUAAUACUUGUGUCUUUGAUGGGGCCAGGAGUAAGAGCGAGAUGUAUAAGCUGUGA